CUUCAAGCAUACUUAAACACAAGCUCCAUUUCCACAGAACAUUUCCCAGCCUCAGACGCUCAAUUCUCUCUCUUAAACUCUCAUGCCUAUGUCAUGAGCUCAGAUCUGUACUUCAAGCUUUGAUCAAUCUCGUUUCCACCUCCAAUGGCGACCACUAGCCCACUGUUUUAGUCAAAUUAAAAGCUUUUCCUUCCACGCCAAAUUGGUGAGAAGUAUCUCAAUUUGACAAAUGGCGAAGUCUAGACAACAUUUUCCUGCACAAGAAUUGUUGCCAUUGUCGCCUACUGCGGCAAAAUCAAGGGAUUGGGAAGGUCCAUCAAGGUGGACUGAGUACUUGGGUCCGGAAAUGACUUCAUCAGUGGCAUCUAAGACAUCUAGGAACGGUGGUUUGGAAGGACCGGCCCACAAUUCAAAUGGGUCUUAUAAGGGAUUGAACAUGAAGUGGGUGUAUCAGCUUACUGAUGUGGCCGAAGGGCUAAUGACCAAAAUGUAUAGAUUGAAUCAGAUUUUGGAUUAUCCCGAUUCGAUUGGUCAUGCAUUUUCAGAGUCAUUUUGGAAGGCGGGUGUGUUCCCGAACCAUCCUAAGAUUUGUGUUUUGCUAUCAAAGAAGUUUCCGGAGCACCACAGCAGAUUACAACUCGAACGUGUUGAUAAGGUUGCAUUGGAUGCUAUGAAUGAUCACGCGGAAGUUUAUUUACAAAGCUUAGAACCAUGGAUUCAGCUGCUUCUUGACCUAAUGGAAUUUCGAGAACAAGCUUUGAGACUCAUAUUGGAUUUAAGCAGUACAGUAAUUACCUUGUUGCCUCAUCAGAACUCCCUAAUACUACAUGCAUUUAUGGAUCUUUUUUGUUCCUUUGUUCGUGUCAAUCUCUUCUCUGAGAAGGCAAGUCCACAGUCCCUGUAUUGA